GCAGUAGUGGUCGUCUGUUUUGGGUCUGGUGGCUUCCCGUACUCUCUCUGUCUCUGUGAUGAGCUCAGCUGUAUUCUUGAACUAAACGAGGAGACUAACCCCGUCCUGCAGCUGUUGUGAGUGUUAAAAGCUUUACUCUUGAACUAAAGGAGGAAACUACUGUCCUCCAGCUGCCGUGUUUCAGAGACAGCGAUGAUGACCGGAGACGCGGAGCUCUCCAUGUUUCCAGCAGACAGCCGUUUAUUCGAGGACUCGUUCAGCGCGGAAAACACAUACCGAGUUUCUGGACAGAACAUCACAAUUCAUCAGUAUUACUGCGCAAACCUGGGAGUUUCUGCGUCAGUGUGGGAGUCCGCUCUUCAUUUAUGCCAGUUCUUUGAGUCUCUGGAUCUCAGUGGGAAGCGGAUAAUAGAGCUGGGAGCAGGAACGGGUCUGGUUGGGAUAGUGGCUGCACGAUUAGGAGCCCACGUGACUAUCACAGACCUGCCUUUGGCCCUCGCUCAGAUCGAGAGGAACGUUGCAUGUAACACUCCUCUCUCGGGCUGGCCCUCAGGCGCUCCUGCCGUGUGCCCGCUGUCAUGGGGCCGGGACCUCCACCGCUUCUCCUCCGCCUGGGAGUUUGUGCUGGGAGCUGAUAUCGUCUACACGCCGGAAACCUUCCCUCUCCUCGUGGACACGCUGGUCCAUCUGUGUAAGGACGGAGCUGUGGUCCUCCUGGCGUCCCCGAUGCGCAGAGAGCACGGCGCUCAGGACUUCUACAGCCGUGUGUUACCAGAGGUGUUCGAGGUGGAGCUGGUGCAACGACAUCCUGAGAGCAAUAUCAAUAUUUAUAAAGCAACUUUGAGAUGAUUGGAGCCGAUCUCAGCGUUCGGCCAUAAACAGGGAAACAUCCAGAACAGUCCAUCACAUGAGGCAGACAGUAAUGAACUUUAUAUCUGGAGCUGGGAGGUUUGAAUAAAUACUAUAUUUAUACAUUUAUUUAUAAAUAAAAAUGAUCUGGCAUAUUGUACACUUCAGUAAAA